CCAAACACAGUGAUGGGAUGCAGUAUUGGUUUUCCAAAUAACGAUUAUGCUGCAACAAUCGGACCUUUCGUUGAAAUUGAACCGGGCAGCGAUGAAACAAAAAAGAAGGAAACGGGAUUUAUAACCGCUUGUCAUCUUUUUAACACGCCGAAGAAUGAACAAUCCGUGAUAGGCACACAAGUAGUUCAACCAUCUGAUGGUGAUGAACCGGUUGUUGAUGUUUCAACUGGAAGAUUUGAAUUGGAUAUUUCCAAUGACAGAGUUUGCGGAGAAGUUGUUGCAUGUACAUAUAAUGAAGAAACUGACGCAGCACUAGUAAAAAUUACCAAACGAAGUCCGCAUGAAGGCGCCUUCAUCACCUGUCAGUGCCAGGACCUUAAAGACGCAGGAUUUUCUGGUACAAUAGAAUACAACGAUGGGUCCGUAUCGAGUUUAGAAGCAGCAUAUCGGCGGAAUGUUGUGAAAUUUGGCAAAACCACGAAACUUACUUUAGGACUGUGUUGUUUCGAAGGAAUGGCGAUAAGGAUUUCUUCAGACUCGAUAAGUAAAACACACCCUUUAACACGUGAACGGAGCUCAAUAGUUAUUAACAACCUGUUUUUCAUCGGUGGAUUUGGUAACAAAUCUUUUUCUGACGACGGCGAUUCAGGUGCUGGGGUGUUCCUUGUAGGAGAAAAUAACAGAUUACCUUGUAUAGGGAUGGUCAUUGGCAAGACAGCAGACGGUUACUGUAUUGCUAUUCCAAUUCAGAAAAUAUUUGACAGGUUGUCAGGAACAAAUUAUACGAACCUCGACAAUUUAAAAGUUACAAUGAAAACGUUUGAUGAUUAAAUGAGAGGUGAACGUAUGUAAAAAACUGAUAUUUGAUGCUGCAGCUAUGCAAUGAACUGAGUUACUUGUGGUUUCAAGCUCCGAUUUAGAAAUGUAACACGAGGCUUGAAACUGAUGUGAUUUAAUUGAUACAUCAAAUAACCAGAAGUUUUAGGGCUAAAUUAAAACUGUUAGUAAAGAAAUGCAUGGGUCUUCAACUUAACUAGUGUUUAUAAACAACUGUUUCAGCAGAAAGAGAUAUGUGAUAAAAUGAGUCUUACAUUCAUGUCUUUUCGUACUGAAUGAAUAAAAAUGAUAAAAUGUUCGACACAGCCUAGCAUUUUAUUCAAAUAGUAAAUACAGUAUAAAAAGAUAAUCCUGUAAACUCCUCUAUCUUUUUAAUUAUUUUACAUACUGUUAUUAUAUUAUAUACCAUAUUUUCACUAAAAGAAUAUAAUAAUAUACGAUAGUAAUUUGGAGUAAACAUAAAAUGUUAAGCAAUUCAAAAAAGGAUCAAAGUUCAUACAUUAUGAAAUAUAGGCAUGAACGUCUCUAUAUGCUGAUGUACACAAAGUAACAAUAAAAAUGUCAUUUUAGAAAAGCAUGACUACAAACUGCCUAUACAUAAAAGGGGUCGUAAAUGUGAUAUGUCUAUUCACUUGUCUAAUAAUAAAGAAUAAAUAUUAUA